AGCAGAUAGUUUAGUGUUUGUGGAAGUGUGUGUUCCUGUGUGUGUGUGUUCCUGUGUGUGUGAAACAUGUCGGCCUGCAGGCUGAUGAGAGCCAUCAGAGUCAGUGAGUUCGGAGCUCCGUCGGUGCUCAGACUGUGUUCAGAUGUGACUGUGCCUGAACCUGGACCCAGACAGGUGUUGAUCCGUGUCCAUGCCUGUGGAGUGAACCCUGUGGAGACCUACAUCCGGGCUGGGACUUACGCCCGUAAGCCCACCCUGCCGUACACACCGGGCACAGAUGUGUCUGGAGUGGUGGAAACUGUUGGAGAAGGAGUCAGUGCAGUGAAGGCAGGAGACCAUGUGUUCACCACAGCCACUGUUAGUGGAGGUUAUGCAGAGUACGCUGUAGCAGCAGACGACUGUGUCUACAAACUGCCCGACGCUUUAGACUUCACCCAGGGUGCAGCUGUAGGGAUCCCUUACUUCACCGCCUACAGAGCUCUGGUUCACAAAGCCCACGCCAAGGCUGGAGAAACCGUCCUCAUCCAUGGAGCCAGCGGAGGGACCGGUAUGGCAGCAUGCCAGAUGUCUCGUGCUCUGGGUCUCAGGGUGUUGGGGACAGCUGGGACGCCAGAGGGAAUGAAGCUGGUUCUCAACAACGGAGCUCACCUGGCCUUUAAUCACAGAGAGGAGGGCUACACAGACGAAAUCAUGAAAGCCACAGAGGGCAGAGGCAUAGAUGUGAUAGUGGAGAUGCUGUCAAAUGUCAACCUCAGCAAGGACCUCCAGAUGUUGGCCUAUGGAGGACGUGUUACGAUCAUUGGCUGCAGAGGCUCCAUAGAGAUCAACCCCAGAGACACUAUGGCUAAAGAGAGCAGCAUCAUCGGAGUGGCUCUUUUCUUCGCUUCAGCGGAGGAGAAGAAGGAGUGUGGGGCACUGCUCUGUGCAGGGAUGGAAACUGGUUGGCUGCGUCCGGUCGUCGGGUCCAAAUAUCCACUUGACAAGGCCGCCCAGGCCCACCAUGACAUCAUUGAGUCUCCUGGGGCUGCUGGGAAGAUUGUCCUGACCAUGUGAUGAUGUGGUCAUAUCAUGGGUCAAAGGUUACCACGUAGCAGAGCAACAUUAAGCUUUUAAAGAUUUAAGCUUUUUGCUGUAUUGCCCACUUGGGGGCAGCAGAACAUUCUGAAAACAUAACAUUAACAUAUUAUGUGAUUAUGUUAUUAUAGUUCUGUUUUUAAUCUCCGCUAAUUCCUGAUGGAAAUAUCUGUGUCUGCUGAUCGUGCAGUUUGUUUAUCAGAGCUUUUGUGCUUUUUGUAAAAGUUUCUGGCCAGAAAACCAAAACAAAUGGUCUAUAAUGCUCUGCAGAGCUCAAGAUUGAGUUGGUUGAUAAUUGUCUGUUAGUCUUCACUACCAUUGACCCUGUUCAAGAAUCUGAUUAGUGCAUUUGAAAGUGAAUGUUUUGAGUUAAUCCUAAGAUAAUUCAAUUCAGUUUUCUACUUUACACGGGCUCUAAUUUAAUCAAGAGGAUGCUGAUUUCAAAUACAAGCACUUAAGUUCGGGGUGUAUGGGGUGAGUUAAAUUGCUGAUAUUUUUGAAGUGAAUUGUAAAACUGAUUGUGUUACACUCACUGUUAGUGUUAAUGUAAUGAGGAUUAACAAUAGAGACACCAUUAUGCCUUUAAGCAACAAUAUACUCAACAUUAUACUCCAGAAUUCCAAAUGUGAUCUAAACAACAAAAUAAAUGAUUUUUAAUUG